GGCUUUGUUAUUCAGCAUGUCUGAUUAGCAGGAGCCUGAUUGGCUGGCUGCCUGCUCCGAGAGAGAUUCCAUUCAGCUUACCCCCCACCCAUCCACCUACCCACCCACCCCUAGUCAGGAAAUGUGAGCGGGGCUGAUGGAAGCUGAUAGGCAGGGCUGGAGUGUUAGCACCAGGACUGGAUGUGACAGCAGGCAGAGGAGCACUUAGCAGCUUAUUCAGUGUCCGAUCCGGAUUCCGGCAAAGAUCCAAGCAUGGAAUGCUGCCGUCGGGCAACUCCUGGCACACCGCUCCUCUUUCUGGCUUUCCUGCUCCUGAGCUCCAGGACAACACGCUCCGAGGAGGACAGGGACAGCCUGUGGGACGCCUGGGGCUCAUGGAGCGAGUGUUCACGCACCUGCGGUGGGGGCGCCUCCUACUCAUUAAGACGCUGUCUCAGCAGCAAGAGCUGUGAGGGAAGAAAUAUUCGAUAUAGGACUUGCAGUAACGUGGACUGCCCACCAGAAGCAGGUGAUUUCCGAGCUCAGCAAUGCUCAGCUCAUAAUGAUGUCAAGCACCAUGGCGAGUUUUAUGAGUGGCUUCCUGUGUCUAACGACCCUGACAACCCAUGCGCACUCAAGUGCCAGGCCAAAGGCACAGACCUGGUUGUUGAACUCGCACCUAAGGUCUUAGAUGGGACUCGCUGCUACACAGACACCCUGGAUAUGUGCAUCAAUGGCCUAUGCCAAAUUGUUGGCUGUGAUCAUCAGCUGGGAAGCACUACCAAGGAAGAUAACUGUGGAGUUUGCAACGGAGAUGGGUCCACCUGCAGGCUGGUCCGAGGGCACUACAAAUCCCAGCUCUCAGCAACCAAACUGGAUGACACUGUGGUUGCCAUUCCCUAUGGAAGCAGACACAUUCACCUUACCUUAAAAGGACCCGAUCACUUGUAUCUAGAAACCAAAACCCUCCAGGGGGCUAAAGGUGAAAACAGUCUCAGCUCUCCAGGCAUCUUUCUUGUGGACAAUUCUAGUGUGGAAUUCCAGAAAUAUCCAGGCAAAGAGAACCUGAGUAUCGCUGGACCGCUCACCGCAGAUUUCAUUGUCAAGAUCCACAACUCGGGGCCUGCUAACAGCACAGUCCAGUUCACCUUCUAUCAGCCCAUCAUCCACCGAUGGAGGGAGACGGAUUUCUUUCCUUGCUCAGCAACGUGUGGAGGAGGUUACCAGCUGACAUCGGCUGAGUGUUACGAUCUUCGGAGCAACCGCGUGGUUGCCGAUCAGUACUGUCACUAUUACCCAGAGAACAUCAAACCCAAGCCCAAACUUCAGGAGUGCAACUUGGAUCCUUGUCCAGCCAGUGGCGGAUACAAGCAGAUCAUGCCUUAUGACCUCUACCAUCCCCUUCCUCGGUGGGAGGCCACCCCGUGGACCGCGUGCUCCUCCUCGUGUGGGGGGGGCAUCCAGAGCCGGGCAGUUUCCUGUGUGGAGGAGGACAUCCAGGGGCAUGUCACCUCAGUGGAAGAGUGGAAAUGCAUGUACACCCCUAAGAUGCCCAUCGUGCAGCCCUGCAACAUUUUUGACUGCCCUAAAUGGCUGGCACAGGAGUGGUCUCCGUGCACCGUGACGUGUGGCCAGGGACUCCGGUAUCGCGUGGUUCUCUGCAUCAACCCUCGAGGAAUGCACUCAGGAGGCUGUAACUCCAAAACCAAGCCCCACAUAAAGGAGGAAUGCAUCAUCCCCACCCCCUGCUAUAAACCCAAAGAGAAAGUUCCGGUAGAGGCCAGGGCGCCGUGGUACAAACAAGCUCAAGAGCUAGAUGAAGGAGCUGCUGUGUCAGAAGAGCCCUCGUUCGUCCCAGAGGCCUGGUCGGCCUGCACGGUUACCUGUGGUGUGGGGACCCAGGUGCGAAUAGUCAAGUGCCAGGUGCUCCUGUCUUUCUCCCAGUCGGUGGCCGACCUGCCUGUGGACGAAUGUGAAGGCCCCAAGCCGGCAUCCCAGCGAGCCUGUUAUGCGGGACCAUGCAACGGGGAGCUUCCUGAGUCCAACCCGGGAGAGACGGAUGGCCUCCUCGGUGGCCUGCAGGACUUUGAUGAGCUGUAUGACUGGGAGUAUAAGGGCUUCACCAAGUGCUCUGAGUCCUGCGGAGGAGGUGUCCAGGAGGCUGUGGUGAGCUGCCUAAACAAACAGACGCGGGAGCCUGCUGAUGAGAACCUGUGCGUGACCAGCCGCCGGCCCCCGAAGCUCCUGAAAGCCUGCAGCUUGGAGCCCUGCCCAUCAAGGUGGGAAAUCGGCAAGUGGAGUCCAUGCAGCCUCACCUGUGGGGUUGGCCUGCAGACCAGAGACGUCUUCUGCUCCCAGAUACGUUCCAGAGAGAUGAAUGAAACAGUAAUCCUGGCUGAUGACCUGUGUCGCCAGCACAAGCCCAACACCGUGCAAGCUUGUAACCGCUUCAACUGUCCCCCGGCCUGGUACCCUGCGCAAUGGCAGCCGUGCUCCAGGACCUGCGGAGGGGGCGUCCAGAGGCGUGAGGUGCUUUGCAAGCAGCGCAUGGCCGAUGGCAGCUUCCUGGAGCUUCCUGAGACCUUCUGUUCAGCCUCAAAACUGGCCUCCCAGCAAGCCUGCAAGAAAGAGGACUGUCCCAGCGAGUGGCUCCUCUCUGACUGGUCAGAGUGUUCCACGAGCUGCGGCGAGGGCACCCAGACGCGGAGUGCCAUUUGCAGGAAGGUGCUGAAAACCGGGGUCUCGGCUAUUGUCAAUUCCUCCCUGUGCCCUCCCCUGCCGUUCUCUUCCUCAAUCAGGCCCUGUAUGCUGGCAAUCUGUGCAAGGCCCGGGAGGCCAUCUACAAAGCACAGCCCGCACAUUGAGGCGGCCAGGAAGGUAUACAUCCAGACCCGCAGGCAGAGGAAGCUGCACUUCGUGGUGGGCGGGUUCGCGUACCUGCUCCCCAAGACCACCGUGGUGCUGCGGUGCCCCACGAGGCGCUUCCGCAAGCCGCUCAUCACCUGGGAGAAGGACGGCCAGCACCUCAUCAGCUCCGCCCACGUCACCGUGGCCCCUUUCGGCUACUUAAAGAUCCACCGCCUCAAGCCCGCCGAUGCCGGCAUCUACACUUGCUCCGCCGGCCCGGCCCGGGAGCAGUUCGGGAUUAAGCUCAUCGGAGGCAACCAGAAGCUCGUGGCCCGGCCCGGGGGCCCGAGGAGCGAGGAAGAGGCCCCCCGGGUGAGGAAGGCCCACCCCAAGGAGGCCCUGCAGACCCACAAGCACCAGAACGGGAUCUUCUCCAAUGGCAGCAAGGCCGAGAAGCGGGGCCUGGCCGCGGCGGACGCGGGCGCCGUGGCCGAGCAGCAGCGCCUGGACGACAUCCUGCGGAACCUGUCCCAGCAGCCCGAGGAGCUGCGCGACGUCUACAGCAAGCACCUGGUGGCCCAGCUGGCCCAGGACAUCUUCCGCAGCCACGGGGAGCACCGGGACGCCCUCCUCAAGCCGUCUGAGCAGAGGAUUUCCCCCGUGGCCAUCCCGCCUCGCAAGGCCGUGUCCAGCUUCAGCAGCUUGCUCCGCGCCGCCGCCUCCUCCUCCGGGGAGACCGCAGGUGGCUCCCGCCGGCCGCACCGCAAGCCCACCAUCCUGCGGAAGAUCUCGGCCGCCCAGCAGCUCUCCGCCUCCGAAGUGGUCACCCACCUUGGGCAGACGGUGGCCCUGGCCAGCGGGACCCUGAGUGUGCUGCUGCACUGCGAGGCCGUGGGCAACCCUCGGCCCACCAUCAGCUGGGCCAGGAACGGCGAGGAGGUUCAGUUCAGUGACAGGAUUCUUCUACAACCAGAUGAUUCCUUACAGAUCCUGGCACCAGUGGAAGCUGAUGUGGGUUUCUACACUUGUAACGCCACAAACGCCUUGGGAUAUGACUCUGUCUCCAUUGCCGUAACGUUAGCAGGAAAGCCAUUAGUGAAAACAUCACGAAUGACUGUGCUCAACACCAAGGAGCCUGCCAUCACAGUGGAUAUAGGAGGCACCAUCAAAACAGUGCGGGGAGUGAAUGUGACCAUUAACUGCCAAGUUGCAGGUGUGCCUGAAGCUGAAGUCACUUGGUUCAGGAACAAAAGCAAGCUGGGCUCCUCUCACCAUCUGCACGAGGGAUCCUUGCUACUCACAGACGUGUCCUCCUCGGAUCAGGGCCUGUACUCCUGCAGGGCAGCCAAUGUGCACGGAGAGCUGACUGAGAACACCCAGCUUCUGAUCCUAGAUCCCCCCCAAGUCCCCACGCAGUUAGAGGAUAUCAGAGCCUUGCUUUCAGCCACUGGACCGAACCUUCCUUCAGUGCUGAUGUCUCCUCUGGGAACACAGCUGGUCCUGGACCCUGGGAAUUCCGCUCUCCUUGGCUGCCCCAUCCAAGGUCACCCUACCCCCAAUAUCACCUGGUUCCAUGGUGGCCAGUCAGUUGCCACUGUCACAGGAUUGACACAUCACAUCUUGGCAGCUGGACAGAUUCUCCAGGUUGCCAAUCUAAGCAGCGAGUCUCAGGGGGAAUUCAGCUGCCUCGCCCAGAACGAGGCAGGCGUGCUCGUGCAGAAGGCCUCUCUCAUCAUCCAAGAUUACUGGUGGUCUGUGGACAGACUGGCAACCUGCUCCGCCUCCUGUGGGAACAGGGGCGUUCAGCAGCCCCGCCUGCGGUGUCUCCUGAACAGCACAGAGGUCAACCCCGCUCACUGCGCAGGGAAGGUCCGCCCUGCCGUGCACCCCGUCCCCUGCAACCGGAGAGACUGCCCUUCCCGGUGGAUGGUGACCUCCUGGUCCGCCUGUACCCGGAGCUGUGGGGGAGGCAUCCAGACCCGCCGGGUGACCUGCCAGAAGCUGAAAGCCUCUGGGAUCUCCACUCCCGUGUCCAAUGACAUGUGCACACAGCUUGCCAAGAGGCCGGUGGACACCCAGGCCUGUAACCAACAGCUCUGUGUGGAGUGGGCCUUCUCGAGCUGGGGCCAGUGCAACGGGCCUUGCAUUGGGCCUCACCUAGCUGUGCAACACAGACAAGUCUUCUGCCAGACACUGGACGGCGUCACCUUACCGUCAGAGCAGUGCAGUGCCCUUCCGAGGCCCGUGAGCACCCAGAACUGCUGGUCAGAAGCCUGCAGCGUACACUGGAGGGUCAGCCUGUGGACCCUGUGCACAGCGACCUGCGGCAACUACGGCUUCCAGUCCCGGCGUGUGGAGUGUGUGCACGCCCACACCAACAAGGCGGUGCCUGAGCACCUGUGCUCCUGGGGGCCCCGGCCCGCCAACUGGCAGCGCUGCAACAUCACCCCAUGUGAAAACAUGGAGUGCAGUGAUACCACCAGGUACUGCGAGAAGGUGAAACAGCUGAAACUCUGCCAACUCAGCCAGUUCAAGUCUCGCUGCUGUGGAACUUGUGGCAAAGCGUGAAGAGAGGGCCUAGGGAAGACGGACCCUGGCUGCACCAAGGACUCACGCAACCACCUUGGACAGAACUUAAGCUUUCUUCAUUUUAUUUAUUUCCCCCUCCCUGCCCCCAACCACGCACACCCCCAUCCAACCCCCACCGCCCCCCCCACCCCAGACUUGAGGACCUCAGCAUGCCUUCUCUUUCAGUUCGAUGGAGGACAGAAUGUUGGGAACAGACAGGACAGAGGUCUAAAGGAGGUUGCAGAGCAGACCGGGCCAGACAGUGGGAGCUCCCGUGCAAAGCUGGCUCCCUCCCAAACCUGGGUCCUAAAGAGACCUGGGAAGAGGCAGGGACAGCCCCUCGGGACAGCGUGGAGCCAGAGCUCCCAGGAGGCAGGUGGGCAGGUCCCAGAUGGUUUGUAAAGCAUUGGUCCUGACUUUGGACACCCACUGGGUCUUUCCCACGCACUGUUAAUGCAGGAGCGCGCUGUUCCUGUCUCCUCCUCUGCCUCUGUUCCUAGGCCUCAGAAAGGGCGAGGGGGACACCAUGCUGAGGCAGAAGCAGCCCAGAACUUAGUUCUUCUGCUGGAAGGGGAGGUGGAGGGCACAGCAACAAGAACUCAAAACAUGGACACGUAGGGGGAAAGGAGGAGACAGUCCAAGUAGGCCUAAAGGACACAGUGCAGAAAGAGGGAGUAGAGGGGCAGGGGGACAGAAGCAAGAAAGCCUGUGCAUGUUCCUCAGGGGAGAGUAGAGGGAGACAGGGGAGGAGUGAGUAGCCAGGAGGCUCCCAGAGGGGCUCUGAACCCCCUGGGCAUGGGCCCCGGCAGGCUCAGGGGAGGGGCCGCUCGGAGCUCUGCUGCCCUCAUGGCUCAGGUUUUGGUAUGAGACGUGCCCUCCAGGGGGUGGAGGGGAGGCUCUCUCCCCACGCUGUCUCAGAGAACUUUCUGCCUGUACGCCCGCAGCAAAACCACCCCUGGCAUCUCUAUCUAAGUCCGGAGUCCCCCAGCCUGGAACUCACUGCUGAUGUGAGCCAGGGGCAUCUGAGCAUGUAUGGCCUUUGCUGCCCCACUUAAGAGCCAGGGACUAGAGUCAAUUUUCAAAAACCAAUUCAUUAUCAUCAAUUUGCCCGAGAGCAGCCAGCAGGACAUAGCAGCCACUUCAUUCCAGAGCUGUCCGGGGGUGGGGGGGACUGUAGGCUUGUGGGAGCCCUGCCCAGACCACAGUGAGAGUUCCCUCCUGUCUAUAGAGCAGGUUGGGGCGGGGUGUGGGGUGCAAUGGCAAAGCCAAAAGAUAACUAAAGCUUCCAAGACUGUCCUCCAAGACUUUCAACCCAUUCCCCCCACACAGUGAACUACCAGGAGUCCACAUAUGCCAGUUUUGGUGAUUGGGCUAAUUGCUUAUUCAGCAAGCGGCUUUGGACGCAUGAUUUUGGCCAUCUCCCCGAGUGGCCACAGUUUAGUCGUCAUGGCAGGGCAGGGCGGCGACAGUCACUCACCUUCAGAGAAAGCACCACUCCCUCGGGGCCUCCACUGACAUCAGGGCUGUGUUUUCCAGCCUGCAAGGAAAUUGGAGGGGAGACGACGUUAACCUGUGUCCUCCCCAGGUGAGCUGUGGACAGUUAGGUGGGUUUCCUUCCUCCUCACCACAAAAAUGGGCUCUAAGAAAUCAUGUCACUAAAAAUCAGUGUAAUGUUUAUUUAAAAUAAAAGAGAAUGUUUUCUAUGUCUGUAUAUCUUUUGUGAAUAUUUAUUAGGAUUUCUUGUAUAAAAAAAAGUGCAAUAUUAAUAAUUGUACAUUGUCAUCCAGAAAACCAAGUAUUUGGGGGACUUUUUAGUAACUUCUUGCAGUUGUGUUUCUGUAAACUCUGGUGAUUAUUGUAUUGUUCCUCUUUUUAAUAGAACCUGAUGUUUAACUCUGGAUCCAUUCACUGUGUACAGAAGACAUUGUAAAAACUAACAUGGGAUGAUGGGGCAGUGAGAGAGAAUUCAUUUGUGACACAAUAGUUAACACGUGGGGUGAAGAAGACAAAUUCUAUCCUACUGCUAAUGUGGCUGGUUAUUUCUAGUUCAAUAGCUUUUGAAAACCACAGGCCAAUAUUCACAUUUUCUACACAGCAGGUGUCCUCAGCUCCCCCAUGUCAGGCUGGAACCUCUGAAAUGGGUUGCAGAGCCAGCUUGGAGGACCUGGGUUUGGGGUAGGAAGCCGUGUGCCCCUUGCAUGACAUGAAUGUUCAUUUAUUGUUUGUUCUGUGAAUUGUGACUCAGCAGCACCCCAAGAUUAUUAGGGCUGCUGAAUAAUGUGGAAGGAGGCACUUCCUCCUCUAAAACACAAAACUGUAUUUAUAUUUUUUGUACAGAUAAUACAGCUUAUUUAUUUAAA